AUGAGCCGCGUGGCGCUUGCCGUCACUGUGCUGGUAGCCGCGUGCGUGCUCCCGGCGCGCGCCGCCCUCGACUGCCAGCCAUUCACCGCCACCCUUGCCCAGGGGUCCGCUGGUGGCUGCACAUCCACCACCGCCACCCAGGCCCAGCUCGUCAUCGCUACCAACGGGACGACCGUCACCACAGUGGUCUUCACCGGCCCGCAGCCGACUUCGGGCGGUGCAGGAGUGUUUGACUUCCUGGCCGGCACGGACUACGCGUUCACCGCGACUGGCAGCGAUGGCUCAACCUGCUCUGGAACCGCCAUCAUCACUCCCUGCACCCCGGUCUGCAAAGACAUCACGGUCAGCGUCACUGCGACCUCUCCCUCAUCCGCCUGCACCGUCAGCAUCGGCGCCAACAUCUUUGACACCUCAGCCAACGGGUUUUUCGACACCGCCUCCCUCGGCUCCACUGCCACCACCGCGGUGCUGACUGCACCCAACGGGACCAGCCUCCCCGCGCCGCAGUCUUACGGCCCGGGCUCCUUCAGCGUGCAGGGGCAGGUCCAGUACCCCAACGGCCUCUCGGAAAAAUCGACGGCCUGCACCAUUACCGUGCUGGACGACACCGCCUACACCCUCCCCAGCCUGUCCAACACGACCUGCUUCUUCCUGAACACCACAAAGUUCACCAACAUCGACAUCCCGGUCAGCCUCCUGGCCGGCGCGCUCGGCGGGGCCUCGUGCAAGGGCAGCGGGGUCGUGGCGAUCGCCUGCACCCCGGAGUUCAAGAACAAGUCCAGGAAGAGGCGCCUGUGCCUGCCCUCGUUUAUCGCCGGCAACCCGACGCGCCCGACGCAGCCGUCGUCGGUCGAUCUCCUCAAGAAGAACUUCCAGAAGAACCCCCAGCCCAUUGUGGUGACCCUCAGUGCCAUCAGCGCCAACGGCGUGCUGACCGGAGCCAACAUCACGACCAACGGCGUGCGCGUCUUCAGGGGCAAGCCCUCCAAGAAGGUGCUGGCCGCCGGCUGCACGCCCGUCUUCAACCGCAUCUGA